AUGCCCUCAUGGACAUAUAGUGCAGAGGUCCGUGCGGACAACGCUCUGAUUGAAGCGCUUGUCAGCGAGGGCACUGUAAAGCGGGAGAAAAGGCAAUAUAUAAGGCGCCCUCAGGUAACAGCUGGCGCCAAAACAGCUGAAGAAAAUACAACACAGAGAAGCAAGUUGUGUGCCGAACUUCAGGACCAACUCAGCCCAGUUCAAG